CACGCUUCAGCUCCUAGUCUGUCCUCAGCCAAACGGAGUCAACACGAUCCGACCCUCCAAGUCCACAACACCCUCCUCGCUUCUGCUGCUGGUUCCCCGGUUUGUCAGAGCUUCUCUCCUCCCUCAGGAACCAGGGGAUGGAGGGAUGAUCCGGACCGACUCCUCUCCGCAGCAUCUGCCUCCUCUCUCUCGUCCUUUUCCUCCUCCUCCGCUCGGUCUCCGCGCUCCGCCGGAGCUGAGGCCAGGAUGCGGAGCCCGCUGCUCGGCCGGGCUGCGGUGUUUGCGGCCCUGUUGGUCCUCAGCUCCUGCCUGACAGGGUCUCACAGAUGUCCUGGCAGUUUGGACUGCGCUCGGGCGGGACGACAGUUCUGCCGGCCAGGCGGCUCCCGCUGCGGGGCGUGCCUGCACCCUCUAGUGGAGAACAGCGAUGGGCGCUGCGUCAGCAGGAGGAGCCGUGCUCACCACUCUGCUCCUCAUUCUGCUCCUCAUUCAUCUGAGCCUGCUAACGAUCGAUUUCCUGGCGGCCAUCAUCAGCGAGCAAAGGACCGCGUCCAGGAUGCCAGGUACCUGAAUGAAGCCUUCCCAGGCUUCUCUUUGCUUCUCCACAUCCUUGAUGCUGUAAUUGUUCCAAGUUUGCCUUCUUUUGUCUCAGCGCCACUCUCCCAGGACUUAAAGCUCAUCCAGCCAAGCUCCGCGCACAGAGGAUCCCCCACAGAGGAACCCACCAGCCCCAGCAUCACUCUCAACACCACGACUCCACCGUCCACCACCAGCCACACUCCUGGUCAGCUCAGAGACCCUCUCAUCGUCGCCUCACCCUCCAAUGAUCAUAUCUAUAUUAUCAUGAGCAGCGUGUUCAUCGCAGCGGGUUCACUGGCUUUGGUCAUAGCAGGAGUCUGCUGGGUCAGACUGCAGAAGGGGGUACGGCUAACUCAGAAGGUGGACUAUCCUGCGUACGGUGUGAUGAAAGCUCAAACCUUUGGCAACUUUCCUGGAGACAAGAAGCUGGCCCAGAGUGCGCAGAUGUACCAUUACCAGCACCAGAAGCAGCAGAUGCUCUCCCUGGAGAAAAGCAGGGACGAGCCCAGGAUUCCUGACUCGGGAGCGUCCACAGACGAGGAGAAUGAGGAUGGAGAUUUCACCGUGUACGAGUGUCCAGGGUUGGCACCAACGGGAGAGAUGGAGGUGAAGAACCCGCUGUUCGACGACUCCAACCUUUAUCUGCAGAGAUUCCACAAGUAGACCUGGAACCUUCAGAUGCAGCACCUGUGUGUGCUGCUCCCUGGAUUUACACUCACAUUCACCCUGUAGCCGCUGUCCUCAGUCCAGCUCAGCUGGAGAGCAGGACUGACAGAGUGAGGUCCGGUACUGGGAGGAGGAGGAGGAGGAGGAAGGAGGUGCAACAUGCAAGCGUUGAGUUCUUGUUGGAAGCGCGACUGAAUGUGAGCGCCGUGCUCUGCAGCCUACUUCUGUGCUGUUUCCUUUUUAGUUCAGCGUUAGCUCCAUGUGUGUCGGUUCCAGAAGGAAACUGAUGGACGGUUGAUUUCUUCUUCACCAAGUAAAUGCUCUUCAGUUCUGACUGAUGUUUGGUUUUAUUCGGAGUUUGGUCGUGGUUUUAGAAAGGAGCAGUUUUAAUGUUUGCCGAGCACGCCUCCUCUCUGUCAGGAUGCCAUGUACUUCUGUGUUUCGUUCCUCUAUGCAUGAAAGGAUGAUGUAACAAAUAUGCAUCUCUAUUUUUUUCCCUCCAAGUUUGUACCUCAAACUUGCUGCUAAUAUUUAUCCGAUAGAUACGCUGUAUUUAUGUAUAUAACAGACUUCAGAGUCGUUUCUGGAGCAGGAACAUAAGCUGUGUGGGUCUGUGAUCUGUAAAUAACAGCUGAUGUGUCUCUGGCCUCCUGAACGCUGCUGCUUCCUUUAUUUGCAGGGAUGGCCGGCGGUUGUAUCAGCUGUGCCGCCACCAGAGUCCAAACAUGUUUUCGGGAUAUUUCUAGGUUUUAUUUAAAGAUGUUGAAGGUUUAAGCAGCAAAGGGAGCCACUGAAGGACACAGCUGCAAGAUAAACUAGAGACGCACUGAUGAGAUAAUUGUGGUUUUAUUAAAGCUUCCGCCAUCUUUGAUCUGCAUUUAAAAACUAUAGCGAAAAGUGGAUUGAGCUGCAUUUAUAGAAUAUAUUCUUCAGCUAUUCUAUCAGUAGAAAUUAGAAAGAUCUGCAUACAUAUAUUUCUAUCUGAUCUCUUAGAUAAAACUGUAAUAUUUCGAUCCAAGGCUUUGGAUGGUAUGCCGAUGAAAUCCAGGCUUUUCCUCUCUUGGUCCCAUUAUUGACAGAAAAGUCUCUCUGACCCAGACCAGCUGGUUCUGCUCCGGUUUUAAGAGACUGAGUGAAAAUUUCAAAACUGGGUUGGAACUAGAAGCCCUGCAAAUAUGACGACUGUGGAGGAAUAACAUCACAACACAGAGCUGAGAGGGAAUAUCUAUUGAUUUUCCAGUAAAACAAACUCAAGUUCCCAGAUUCCCAGUGGCUCCCCAGAGAAGUCAUUGCAUUGGUGGGCUUCCCAUC